CUCGCUCUCGGCUCUCUCUCUCUCUCUCCGGAUGACAAAGGACAACUUGCAGAGUUGGACUCGCUGCUGUCUCCAUAAGGACGGACCUGCUGAUGCAGACGAGCGUUAACAGGAGAACAAGAGUCGCGCAAGACCGUGAUCCUAUUUACACUUUACUACAACCUCACCGCAAAGUCAGAAAAGAGGAUUCCUGCGGCUCUCACAUUCACUCACCCGAAGUGUCCCUUACCUUCCCCGGCUCACGGCUCUGCUGGGAGAUCGAAGGGAAACCACUUGACAGACUUGAAGAGCUUUGCCUGAGGCCAAACAGAGCUCAUAUAUAAAGCUGGGUGAAGGACGUUAACACACCGAGAAGUGGAAGCUGUGGCUGCAUCAACCAUGGAGGUCUACACCAGUACUUCGAGGAAACUUACUUUGCUCUCAUUCACCUUCCUGUGGGGGCUCUCAGGGAUAUGGGCCCAGAUCCAGAUGCCCCAAUCCAGUAUGGAUGCGAUCAAGGGUCAGAUGGUGGUGCUGAGGGCCUCGUACAUCACAGAGCCAGGCAGUGACCUGAGCACCAACACCAUCCUCUGGAAUUUUUUCUCUAACAACAGCCAGCUGAUCAUCUCCUACACCAAAGGCUCCAUGAGUGUAGGCAGCGCCCAGUUUAAGGGCCGUGUUGGUUUCUUCACUAGCAUGCCCUCACGGGACGUGUCGUUGUACAUCAACAACACCCAGGAGUCUGACUCAGGACUCUACUUUUGCCAGGUCAUCAGGCCUGAUAAUCCUGGCCUCACUGCUCAGCUCACCCUGGACGUGAAGGUCCCUCCUGCUGUUCCUAAGUGCUCUGUGUCAGGGAAGGCAGUGCUGAAGGGAAAUGUGACUCUGAGCUGCACAUCCAGCUCUGGGAAGCCCAUUCCUCUGUACAGGUGGAAGAAAACCAGCCCCACCUCGGAGGUCUUCUUCUCACCUAUGCUCAAUGAGAAGACUGGCACUCUGAAGCUGAGCAACCUGAGCAGCAACAUGUCAGGGAAGUACGUGUGCACAGCCAGCAACUCAGCUGGGUCAGAGAGCUGCGUCAUCAACCUGGAUAUCGUCUCCUCCACUAAAGUGGGGAUGAUUGUUGGAGCCGUUGUGGGCUCAUUGCUCGCCUGCGCCUUCCUUGUCCUCCUCCUCAUCUGCCUCUUUUACCAGUUUAAGAGGCGGAGAGACAAUGAGGACGACAUGGCCAACGAAAUCAAGGAGGACGCUCAGGCUCCCAAGCGUGUGUCCUGGGCUAAAAGCGGCAUGGGUUCAGACAUCAUCUCCAAGAACGGCACCCUGUCCUCCAUCGCUUCUAGCCCACACCAUAAAGAGCCCUCGCACCACCACAACAACAACCACCACCACCUGCAGCAGUACCCCCAGCGCCCCCCUUCGGACACUGCCUCCAUAAUUACCGCCACUGGCAGCAUGGCCGGCUACCGCCCGUCCCGCCACCACGGAGCCUCCACUCCCACCCACUACAGCUACAACAACGAUACCACCCUGCCACGAGGACAGACCAUCUCCUCUGAGGCCAGCACCAACGGGAGUUCCCUGCCCAGACCAGAGCGUUACACCCAGCUGCCCCAGGCUCAGGUGCUGCCGCAGACCUACAGCCAGCCUCAGCUGCAGCUCCAGGCUGCUCCCUCCCCGCCACCGCUGCCCACCUCCACAGUCACAGCCUCCAACAUCACCCGCAUGGGAGGUGUGCCCAUAAUGGUGCCUGCACAGAACCAGGCCGGGUCUCUGGUCUAAUGCUGGCAAAACAGUGCUGUCUACCGAAACAGUGGAAUACUGUCCCUUCACACUCUUAGGAAGGGUCAGCUGCUGAUUUUUUUUAAAGGGAACGCUUUAACUUCUAUUUAGCAAAAAAUUACAGUAGAUGAAAAGGUCAGAUUCACUUAGUGACGCUUGCUUGCGCCGAGAAGAUUUCAUGGCAAGACUUUCAGACACAGACUGUUACUUGCAUUAAGUAUACUCAAAUCUUUUAUACUCUGUAAGCACUGUAUACAUUGCAAACUAUGUACUGAUAUGAUUUUCAUACAUUCUUGUCCAGUAUGCUCUUUUCUACAUUAUCAAUGCAUUUUUAAUAUUGUACUUUAUUUGUUGUAUUUUAUUAUUUUCAAAGUAGCUUUUUAAUGUCGUAUCAUAUAUAUAUAUAUAUAUAUAUAUAUAUUUUCCCUCCAGCCACACUAAUUCCUCAAAGUGAACAGCAAAUGGAUCAUCAGUGGGGGCUGUCAUGUGUGUGCAGGAGUCAUAGACGACCAUACAGAUGGAAUAAGAAGAGGGUUAUGCAGGUCAGCUGUACUUCCAUCAUCUUUACUUAAAAAAUACCAAAAAAACGGUUUUAUCUAGACCAAAAUAGGUUUAAGCACAAUAUAUCAGUACUGUUCAGAGGAGCUCAAAGUGAAGUUAGUGAGAACUGGGUGUAAUAUAUACAGAUCUAUGUAUUAAUGAGCAUAUUUCUGUAGUGUUCUUGUGGAAAGACAGAUAAAACAACAUUAUACAUGUGAUUAAGUUUGGCAUUGCAAAGUAUCCUAAUCCUUUUUUUGGCUUUACUUCUGUUGGUGGUUCAGUUUUUUAAAUGCUCUCAGAUUCAAUUCUUUAAACACAGAUUAGCAAAAGCUUCUUAUAAUACUGAGCACUAUUUGCAACUGCAGUGUGGUGACUUUGCUAAAACAUCGUCGACACUUUAACAGUAAUCAUUUAAAGUUGGCUACAGAAUUGAAGUUGUAAAUAUGAUAUUUAUUUUCUGAUAAAUGUGCGACAUACAUAUUGUUGGCCACAGUCUGUAUGGAACAUAUAAUACGGGUUAUAUGUUUUCCUUCAACACUGGAUACUGAACCAAAGAAACAAUAUGUAAGGCUUCAUUAUUUCAACCUGUUCUCUUUAUAUGUUUAUUCUUUAUAUGUUUAUUUGCUUAUUUAAAUCAACAUGACACUGAAGCAUUUUUUUGUCCUGCUGAAAGCUUUUUUAAACAAACUUUCUUUCACAUUUGCUUGACAUUGUCACAUUAUGGUAACAGGAAGCUGAUAUCAUUUCUCAAAUUUCUCAAAAUCAAAAACAUUGUAAAUUUGUUUUUAUAACCCUUUUUCAAUGUACAAACACUAACACCUGUUAGCAUCUGGCUUUUCUAUGUAAUUGGAAAGGUUACAAAUAGAAUUCUCAUCUGGGUAGUCACAGGUAUUUAUCAGCUCCAGCUCUGAUCUGCAUUGAUAUAAACACAACACCGGGGUGAACGCGCUAAUUUUAGCCCUUUUACCGGUGAGUCUGCACCCAAGCAGCGCUCAAACAUCAUUCCAAAUUAGUCUGCACCCAGUUUGAAAGAUAGACUGAGUAAGUUAGAUAUAUACAAAAAGAAGUAACCACUGUAACAGCUGAUUUCUACUGUUUUCUAACCUUCUCUGGCCUGUCAAAUGAGACACACCAGUGGAAGAAAAAAACAGAAAGGCAUACUUGCCUGCUGCAGAGCUGUGUACACAGCUUUGGUCUGCUGGCAGUGGAAAAGGAGUCUAUAUCCUAUUUUUAGUGGGUUUACCCGUGUUUAAAAACCCACAUACACAAUCUAAUUUUGGCUGAAAACGGGUAUAAGACUUUAGCAGGUGCCCUGUUUGUGCUUUGCUAUCAUUUCCUGGUAGAGAAGAUUGAGAAGAUAAAGUGUUUCUCCUUAAAGUUAGGGGAGUUAUUUAGGACAUUUAAAGCAACCCACAUACUGUGUUAAAUACUGCACUGAAUUUUGGCUUAGAGUUGCCUGGGUCCAGACCUGCACUGAAUUACCGGUUUAAUCUGGAAAAACGAAUUAUGAGCGCUGCAGAGGGACUAGCAAUUAGCCAAUCAGACUGACACUGCUGUCAGGUUGUCGUCAAGUGGUGCACAAGAACCAAUGAGGAGUAUUAACAGCAGCGGCGAGUCCUAUACACAAGAUAGAUGCAGGCUGUUCUCAACCAUCAUGUCUUAUUAAGAUCACCUGACAACGUUGUUUGUUUUACUUCGCUGCGCUCCACUCUAUAAACCCCAGCAAAACAAGUAUGUUUGCAUGGCUACACAUUGGUGUGGACUUAAAUAAUGUUAGAUUCGGGUGGACACUGUGUUUUAGUGAUUGAUUAGGGAAAAUGGAAUCCCCGUCCACCACAAAAAUCAGCUAGAGAGGACGCAGUGUCAGACUAAAGAUAAAAACCAAGUGUUACUGUCUGAUAUCAGGCAAACCUCAAAGGCUCGGUUCUGUGCAUAUUUUGAAUAAAACACAAUUCAUGUAUUAUGCUCCUGUUAUUUUUGUUCAGUCAGUAAUUAUGAUUAAGAAGAUUAAGAUUAAGGGGUAUAGGAAAACUUAUUCCUAAAAAUGUACAGUAGACCUAUAUCUCAGCACUUCAUUUCUAUCAAGAAAACUAAACAAAAUUAUUUUCAAAGUUUAGAUUAUUAUUCAAGAUAUAAACUUAAAAAAACCUGACAGAAUAAGAGCACAGUGAAAACCUGAACAGAGGCUCUAUUCACAGAGCCCUCCCUGUCUGCUAAACAGCCCUCUCCUGCAGUCAAAACAAUCAUAGAGCUAACAGAACAAUGGCCAAGUGUCAGGGGGAAGAAAACACUGAAUUUGUCAGUCAAAAAGAGGCCUUGUAAGUGUAACUGAUAAACAUAAUACAGACAGAGAAUCUUAUAAUAAAGUUCCUAAAAUAUCAAGAAAACUCGUCUGUGCAAAAUUCGCAUGAAAUGAUCUGCUAAGAACACCCUUACCACCUGUUUCCUUCCUUCAGUUAUUGCGUUUACUGUUUGGGUUAUUGUACAUUUUCUAGGUUGUUCUGUACUGUUAUUGUUAUGCAAUGAAUAUAAUAUGAAAUAUCCAUAAAAUAUGUUACUUAAUCAGAGAUGGUCAGUUAAUGGAAUGAUAGAGAAGGGGUCCCUUAAGGAAAAAGGUUGGGGACCACUGCAGCAGAUGACACGGAGGACCAAUUCUCUGAAAACUGCUCCACUGAGUGAUUAUUGAAAUUCUGACAUUGUUAAAAAAUAAAUAAAUAAAUAAAAAUGACAUUUAAAACAUAAUAUUGCAAAGUCAGAAUGUAUUGAAAUGGCUAAAUGGAUCAGGAACGUAACAUAAACUUUGGUAUCAAAUCAAUUUUUAACAAGCACUGACAUCUAAUUGUGGCUUGUGUCUUUCUUUCUCUGGCCACUAUCAAGUCACACAUUAUUAGGAUUUUGGGGAAAAAAAGGAAAAACAGAUAAAUGUAUAAUGAUCAUAAUAUCUAUUGUGCUGUAUUGUCUUUACACUGGAGCAAUGAUUGUGCACAGGAUGUUAGAACAUUCCCAAAUGAAUCAUUUGAAACAUGAGAGCAUGCUUUACAGAGCAUUUCCGAAAAUUGACAUCUCUUGGACACAAACUUGACAGGACAGUGGGAGUUGAAUGUUUGAUAGUUUUGCUGAGGUUUGUAUUGUUUUUAGAAUAUUAAAGCAAAAUGAAAAGAGUUGAUGAGGGAAUGGGGAAGUGAUGAGCAAAUCAUUUUGAUGAGUAGGACUUAGUCUUUACAGCUACAGUGAUACUUUUGAACUUGUGAAUGGGUCAUUGAAAAAGUGUACAUUGUGAACAUUAAAAUGUAUUCAAGACAAGCCUUUAUUUUUAUACAGUGAUGUAUAAGAGCACACAAGCAGAGUUUAUAAAUAGUAAAUGUCAGUGAUGGAUUGUAUAACUGCUGUGGACAAACUGGUGGAAAAACCUGUGCUCAUGUCUACAGUAGGUCCAAACUAUGGACAUGGAUUUGCAGUGUGCACUUGUAUCCUCCAUAUUUAUGUUCAUGGAAAAUGCUUUGUAUGAAAUUUUCAAUUAAAGAAGAAAUGAUCAGC